AUGGUCUCAGCCGAGAUAACUAACGAGGCCCCCAAUUUCUCCAGCAUCACCAAGGCUGGCGGUAACGAUGGCGACAUCUCACACCUUGAAGCUAUCUUAUCCGAAGAGGAUACCAAGAAAAGGCCGGACCAUGCCCUAGUCGACCCUGAAGUCGCGAAGUACGCUGCACAGCGGGCUGUUCACAUAGACGAGGCGACCAAUAAGCGCCUAAAACGCUUGAUUGACAGGAGACUCCUCGCCGUUAUGGUUGGCACGUACUUUUUGCAGGCUCUUGACAAGGGGACUAUUUCCUUUGUUGCCAUCAUGGGCAUCCGUGAAGAUACCCAUUUAGUUGGGCAACAGGCAAGUACACACUGGUUAACGACAUGCAUCUACAUUGCGAUCCUGAUCGUUGAAUAUCCAACUAACUGGAUAAUACAAAGAGUUCCAAUAGCGAAGUACCUCGCGGUAAAUAUCAUACUAUGGGGUGUCACGCUUGCGAUGCAUGCCGUGUGUCAUGAUUUCGCCGGCCUGCUCGUCGCUCGUACAGUUCUAGGAAUCCUGGAGGCUGUCUGCCAACCGACAUUCAUUCUUCUUUCGGCGACUUGGUACACACGAGAGGAACAAUCCGUCAUCAGCAUUACCUGGUUUCUCAUGGCCGGCCUCCAGCAAAUCAUUGGUGGCCUUCUUGGAUACGCUUUUUCCAAUAUUCCGACAUGGUCACCUAUCAAAUCAUGGCAAAUUCUCUAUGUGGCUUACGGUUCCUUGAGUGUUAUCUGGGGCUUCUUUGUGCUCUUCUGGAUGCCAGACUCUCUGACGAGGGCGAAAUGCUUUACCGAAGAAGAAAAAGCGCUCAUGAUUGAGCGAGUACGAAAAAACCAGACAGGGAUUCAAAAUCGUGUCUUCAGAAAGGAACAAGUCUGGGAAGCCUUUAAGGACCCUCAAACUUACGCUUUCUGUGUUAUUCAAAUUACCACUACGAUCCCGUCUGGUGGCCUCAGUUCUUUCUCUGCGAUUCUGAUCCAGAGCUUCGGUUUCGGACUCCUUCAGACUCAACUCCUAGCGAUGGUUCCAGGCGCUGUGCAGAUUUUCGCGAUGCUGAUUGCUGUAUACUUUGAGAGGAAGUACAAACAGACGGCGUUGACUAUGCUGGCCGGAACCUUGGCUCCGAUGGCGGCAACGGUUGUCUUUCUCGCCGUCCCGUGGUCUCUCGACACUCGCAAUGGGUUGCUCGUUGCCUAUUACUUGAUCUGGUCUUUCUACGCGGCCGUCGGUCUCCUAUUCCCCCUCAUCUCGCGCAACGUCGCCGGCCAGACCAAGAAAGCGACCGUAAUUGCCACAACAUUCGUAUUCUGGGCAGCGGGCAACGCGGCUGGGCCGCAAGCAUUCCAGUCCAGAGAGGCUCCACGUUACUUUACAGCGUUUGCAGUACAGCUAACCUGCUGGGUUACUUUGGCCGUAACCCUUAUCUUCUUGAGAGCUUACUACAUAGUUCAAAAUAAGAGAAGAGACAAGAAGGUUGCCGAAGGUACUGCUACAGCGGAUGACGAUUUAGUUCAUGGCUUUGAAGAUGUCACUGACAUUGUAAUUAUGCUCAUGCUCCGGUCCUCUGGCGAACUUCACUAG